UGCAGUUUAGCCGGAAUGGUAGACCACAUUCGGCAGUGAAAGCAUACAGAGCGCUGAGUGUUGGGGAUUAGUAGCUCUUGGUACUGGAGAGCACGUUUGGAGUGAACGGUUAAAAUCGAAAGGCUAAACCGAAUACGAUACGAACGAUCGCAAAAAUAAAACAAACGAGAGUAGUGAGAGUUUGGUGUGCAUCUUAAGCAAAAGUGAAAAAAAACAACGUCCUACGUCCCACACGCGGACGAGUGAUCACAGUGAAGCGUCGCAAAUUGUGGUGUAACAGUUUGCUGCAUCUGUUAUUAAGGCGUUGCCCAGUGGAACAUCAGUGAAAAGAAUUAACGGAAAGAGCAGUGAAGCUAAAAUGCGAUUGAUAGGAACCACAGCACUGCUGCUAGUGCUGUCAGCGGUUGCCGUCAUCGGUGCUGACGAGUGGGGUUGGCUUCCGCUCGAGGAUGGACUGCAGGGCGAGGAGAAGGUGCGCGAGAAGCGGCAGGACAUCGGAGUGCUGCCCGCUUCCCAGCAAAACGUCACCGAGGUUAGCGACGAGGACAUCCUGAAGUUCAUCCUCGACAGCGGUCGGCAAGGGCGCAGCCUCGAAGGGUUCGACGAGGUGUACAGCGAUCCGUCGGUGCAGGAUGCCCUCCAGAAUGCGGACGAUGCGCAGGCACGGAACAUCAUCAAGGACAAGCUGUGUUCGCUCGGGCUGAUGCAGUGCGACGGUCAAGGCGAAUCGAUCGAAGGCAAACGACCGUACUAUCCGAUCUACGCCCAGCAGCAACCGCCACGACCGAGACCCCCGGUACGAGGACCACCGCUACCGCCCCAACAGUACGCCCAGCGUCCUCCGCAGCCGCCACAGCAGCAAGCUUACCCACCCAAACCACAGCACCAGGGACCGUACGGACCACCGAAACCGAUGCCCGUACCGAACCACGCGCAGCACAAGAUCGGCUAUGCCGGACCCCAGCAGCGUCCACCGUACAGUGGACCGCCGAACUCGUUCGCUGGCCCCAGUUACGCGUCGGCCUACCCAUCGAAACCGCUCGGACCGAUCUACGAGGGCGAUACACCACCGUUCGAGUUCGAACCGAUCGGAGCUGGCGAGAAGCUCUACGAGGGACCCCUCUCGAAGCCGGGACUUGUGCUAAACGAAGGACCGCUGGUAAAACCGGUAGAGCAGCACAUUCACCACCACUACCACCACAUCGACGGUGCGGCCGAUUCGAAGACGGUUGUGGUGAACAAUCCUGGCCCGGUGGGCGCUUCGGUACUGAGCGGUUCGGCCGUCGUUGGCGGAUCCAGCUCGUCCAGCUUCAACAGCGGACUCUACUCGGCUGGCGGCGUUUACGGUGGCGCUCAGGGACUUUCGGGCGGUGGAUUUUCCCCUCUCGCUGGGUCUGACUUUGAUUACAAAGAGCUGAAGGGCGUUAACAACAACAAUGGCUUCGGGCAGUCGGGAGUGUAUGCCGCCCAGUCGAAGCCUGUGUUUGAGGGUUCGUCGUCUUCGUUCGGGCAGGGAAGCCAGAGCAGUCUGUACAACCAGGGACCGGCACAGUUUGGCAGCAAUUCACUGUACAGUGGCGAGAGCUCCAGUACGUACCAGGGUGGCAAUGGAGCGGGCUUCCAUUCCUCCAAUCCGGCGCUGUAUAAGAAGGAGCUGAACGUUAAGGGACCGGCCGCUUCGAAUGGUUUGGGCACGUACUCCGGCAAUAGCUACAGCAAGUACAGUCAAUACGCCAAUGGACAGUAUGCCGCGAACGGAGGACAGUUUGGCUCUAGCGGAGGACAGUUCGGAGCAAAUGGAGGCCAGUUCGGAGCAAAUGGAGGCCAGCAGUUCGGUGCAAAUGGAGGCCAGCAGUUCGGUGCAAAUGGAGGCCAGUUCGGUGCUAACGGUGGACAGUACAGUCAAUUCGCCAACGGAAACGGUAUUGAGGAUUGCGUCUGUGUGCCGUACGAUCAGUGCCCGGCGCAGGAUGUGAUCGGCCGCAAGGACGAUCUGAUUCUACCGCUGGACCCGCGUAAUCUCAAGACGGACAUUGAAGCGGCAGCUGAUGAGGUGGUAAUUACCGAUGGAAAUGGUACGAUGACAGUGGUGCGCGUACCGAAGAAUGCCACAGCGGAACCGGAAACGAAGACGAAGAAGAUCAGCAAACGCGAGGCAGCGGAGGGCAAAUCGAACGAGGCAAAGGAUAAGGCCAGUAUUGAACCGCGUUUGUUGGGUGGUGGUAACGGUGGAGACAAGAAGGUAGUGCCCACGUUUGGAGUAUCGUUCGGUUUGCCGUACCCGACCGGCGGCUACCCGCUCAACCCGUACGGUCCUCACCCCGCCCCGAACCCUUACUUUGGAUCGCUCAGUGCCAAUGGCUUAAAUCUGGGGCUGAUCAACGUCAACCCGCUCCUGUCGCUGCAGGUGACAAAGGACGAGUACGGCGACAAGGUGCUGAAACCGUUGGUCAACCUGCACGUCACACCGACCGAAAACAUUGUGCACAAGAUUGGCGGGCUGCUGGCGGCCAAAAAGCAAAACAUUUACCACGUGUUCAAUCAGCACGAACACUACCACUCCCACCACGGCGGCUAUCCGAGGCCGCCGCCAAUCUACCAUCCCCAUCACGUGCACGGGCCGCCUCCACCGUACGUUGACGGGCCGAUUCUUUCCCGCCCACCGCCGUUUGGCCACGGCCACGGCCAUCCCGAGCUGAUCUACACCAAGCCGCCCGGUCCGAUUUACACCGGAGGUCCGGGAGGUUUUAAUCGACCGCCUCCUCCACCGUUUGUUGGAGGUCAGCCACCGUUUGGGGGACCCGUUGGGCCCCACUUUGGACCACAGGUUGGGCCGGCGGGCGGCUUUGGCCCAGCUGGUUUUGGUGGUGGUCCCAGGCCUCCGUAUUUCCGUGACGCUUCCUCGGUGGUGAAGAACGGCGAGGACACUGAGUACUACGACAAUGUUGAGUUGGGUCGUAGCACGAACGUAACGUUUGCUGGUGAAAGUACGAACGCUUACCGGCCUGCCGGUAACUUCAAGUACCAGUCGGUAUAUCCGCAAAAUGCGCCGAACAACAUCAAUGCGAACAGAGCUCAGUACGGUCGGCAGUACCAGAACUAUAGGCACGAGAUCAGCGAGCUACCUGCAGACCGAUCUAACGCUGUACGACUUCCAUCCUCCAUUCCGACCCAGAGUGUGCCCACGCCGGCACCGGGCCACGCGCAGGGUAGCCCCACGAUCAGCUUCCCAAGCAGCCGACGCAGACGCCGGGCCACGGACGUCAGUGUGCCGGAAUCGCUGGAAGAAGGUCAAGAAACGGUAAAGCAAGUUGAAGAAUCAGUUGCGGUUGAAUCCUCUUCCGUACAGGAAAAAUCUUUCUCCACCGAAAAGAGACAAGCGUACUACGGACCUCGCCCUGGUCAGCAGCAGCAGCAGUGCAGCGGUCGUCAGGUUUGCUGCCGUAAGCCCGUGUAUCGCAAUCCAGCGAGCCAGAAUCUGGGCAAGUGUGGUGUACGAAACGCGCAAGGCAUUAACGGCCGCAUCAAGAACCCGGUGUACGUGGACGGUGAUAGCGAGUUCGGCGAAUACCCAUGGCAGGUGGCAAUCCUGAAGAAGGAUCCCAAGGAAUCGGUGUACGUGUGCGGUGGUACCUUGAUCGACAAUCUGUACAUCAUAACGGCGGCUCACUGUGUGAAAACCUACAAUGGAUUUGAUCUUCGUGUACGCCUCGGCGAAUGGGACGUAAACCACGACGUUGAAUUCUACCCAUACAUUGAGCGCGAUAUCAUCUCGGUGCAGGUACACCCGGAAUAUUACGCCGGCACGCUUGACAACGAUUUGGCCAUUCUGAAGAUGGAUCGUCCGGUGGAUCUUACCAGUGCGCCCCACAUCGCGCCCGCCUGUCUGCCCGACAAGCAUACCGAUUUCUCCGGCCAACGUUGCUGGACCACCGGCUGGGGUAAGGACGCGUUCGGUGACUAUGGCAAGUAUCAGAACAUCCUGAAGGAGGUGGACGUGCCGAUUGUUAAUCACUACCAGUGCCAGAACCAGCUGCGCCAGACGCGCCUCGGCUACACGUACAACCUGAACCAGGGCUUCAUCUGCGCCGGCGGCGAGGAGGGCAAGGACGCGUGCAAGGGCGAUGGUGGUGGUCCGCUGGUUUGCGAACGGAACGGCGUCUGGCAGGUGGUUGGUGUCGUGUCGUGGGGCAUUGGCUGCGGCCAGGCGAAUGUGCCCGGCGUGUACGUUAAGGUCGCCCACUACCUGGACUGGAUCAAUCAGGUUCGUGGUCGGUUCUAGGCGUGUAGGAGACCCACCCCAUCCCAGAUACGCCACACUAUAUUUAUUGACCUACGCAGCGUAGUUUUGUAGAGCUUAGGGUACUAUGAGCGAAACGGACGGCGAAACGAUAUAAUAUGUAUUAACAGUCUACUUCUUCGGCUGGGGCAAGGCGCAAAUGCGCAGACCAGCCGGAGUUACAGUGUACGAUGCUAUGUGCAGGCAUUCGAGUGUGUGGAACGAGUUUUUUUUCGCGAGAUUUAUUGUGUAUACCUAGCCGUAACGAAAAUCGAGAUUCUCGUGCAUGAAAUGAA